ACAGGUGCUCGGAGCGUGUAGGCGCGCGUGUUCAGGCAGGAGCCAGUGGCAAGGCCCGGCACUCGGGGGUGCAGUGAGUUCUAGCACUAGUGUGUGAGUUCUAGCACCGUGUGGGACUAUGGUGGAAACUGUUUACGUCUGAUUGUGUUUGAUCUGCUAUUUCUAGACAUGCCCCGGUUCAAGGCAAAUGGAACUCAAUGCAGUCAAUUAGCUGGCGUCAAGUGGGCAACGUGCUACAAAUAUUACACCUAAUUUUAUAUUAGCCUAUUAGUGUGUUCAAAGCGGCUUCAAGACAGGGAGAAUUGUGGGUUAAUGUUAUCCAGGUACUGUGGAUAUCGUGUCUGCUCUGGAUAAGGUGGAUACAUUGUGUGGACGGGAAUAAUGUGCUUGAGUUACAGUGGAUCUAGUGUGUUACCAAGCAAGGUGGAUAUUUUCUGUGGAGAGGGUGACGGAUUGUGAACAGCUUUAGAUCGGAGCAUAAAUAAACCGUGCAGGCAGCGGACGAGGCCCAGUCGAGGGUGCCAGACUCGCAGAACACAGGUGGUCAGCAUGAGUGGCAGGAAGCCGUUCCACAGAAAUGGGGCGACGCCGGAGUUUAACAUCGCUCUCAUUGGUGCACUGGGCGUCGGGAAAUCAGCUCUGACGGUCAAGUACAUCACGAGGAGGUUCAUCAUGGAAUACGAUCCUGAUUUAGAGGGCACGUACACAAAACACGAGGACCUGGACGGUCAAGAUAUCAUCGUCCACAUCAUGGACACAUGUGAUAAGGAGGACUGUGACCCAAGCAGAUACUUGAAGUGGGCCGACGCAUUUUUGAUAGUUUACAGUAUAACCAACAGACAGACCUAUGACGUGGCCAAGGAGUACAUGGAGAGUAUUUCUAUCUACCUCAAAGGUCAAGGCCGAGAAUGCCCACUAGCUCUCGUGGGCAAUAAAAUAGAUUUGGAACGUUACAGACAGGUGAAUAAAUCUGAAGGAGCGUCCCUAGCAACCGAGUACGACUCUGUGUUCUACGAGACGACAGCGACGGAAGAGUACGAGCUAGUGGAGAAGGUCUUCCACCGGCUGAUCCAGGAGGCCCACCACGACAAGUACGGUCACAUCAUGCAGCCCGUCUACAUAGCAGACGACCGUCAGGCCCACUGGGGGCCCCAGCAGCAGGCCCAGUCCCAGAUGACCCUACAACGGAGACCCAAGUCUCCCAAAGGCGCCACGGACAAAAAGGACGAGAAAAUACAACAAAAGAAAACUUUGAACAAAUUCUUCAAAAUUUUCAAUUAACAUCAACUUUUUGCCGUAUGGCAAAACUAAGUAACGAUGGAUAGCAAUUGCCAAAGUUUAUUUAUAGAAGAAAAUUGCUAGGCUCAGUGUAUAUUAUUAACAUUUCUAUUUAUAUCAACAUAUCAUUUGGUGAAUGUGUACAAAGCGAGAACUCGGUAUGUAGACUACACAUUUUUUACCGCUGUACUCAGAAAUUGCACAUGUUCACGAUUUUUAAGUACUUUAACUUUUAGGCGGAUUCUUAGCUAGUGUGGACGAUAAUAUUUCUAGAACAUUUUCAUCGAAUCCAUAGAGAAUUGAUCUCUACCUGGGAGCAAAUAUCGCUGUUGCAUUUACUGGUGUAGACCUGAACAGUCUCUUCACCUGUCGUUACGGUGCUGGGGAAAAUGUUUGCUCUAAACACAAAUAGCGAAACACGUUUGGAAUGGGAACCGUGUGACAUUUCACGACAUCUUCAUAACAUGACAUAUGUCAACAGAUGUCAGCUGAUCAGCUAAAAUAUCAAAGCGUUUUCAGCCGAUCCUAAGGGAGGUAGGUAGCUGACAUUUAACACGCAGCAAAAAUGUCAAUGGAUUAGGGAAAAAACGUUUCCAUUCACGUGCUUCAGAUAGCAUUGUUUAGCAGUGCUAGGAGCUCCUUUUUCACGUGCAUUGUGAGCGUGUGAGUUAAACUCAUAUUUCAUGCCAUAUAAUAUUUCAUUUGAGAUUUAUCCUAAAAAUAUGAGUAACAUUUUUUGUUCAUGCGGAAUGUUUCUAAAAUAUGGUCACGUACGCAUUAGUGCUACCACCCUAGCCACACGUAAAAAUUAGUGCUUGCCACACGUACGCGUAAGUGCUACAUACACAUUAGUGCUACCAUCUAGCCACACAUACACGUAAGUG